GUGGCUGCGCCGGCGGACCACUCGACCCAAACCCGCAUACGAUGCCACAAUUGAGACCGCAGUAGACGUCUCACAAGUUAUUCUAAAGCCGAGAUUAUUAUAUAAUAAAAAUGAUUAUUUUAAAAACAGUUUUAUAUUUGGCGACGGUGCUAAGUGUUUGUUUUGGUGCAGUAGAUAUAACAAAAUACUUAAAAGUAUGCGACAGGAAUGCAAUAGAUGUGAAUGACUGUUUAACCGAUGCGGUGCAGAAAGGUAUUGCCGUGAUGGUCAACGGCAUAGAAGAGUUGAAGGUUCCGUCCAUAGACCCAUACUACCAAAAGGACUUUCGCUUCGAUUAUCAAAAUAACCAGAUCGCAGCUAAACUUGUUAUGAAAAAUAUUUAUGUUGAAGGUUUAAAGGGCGCCACAGUUCAUGAUACCAGGUUGCGAUCUGACGACGAUCAUUUCCACUUGGAAAUCGACCUGACAAGCCCUAAGGUCCAGGUUAACGCUGAAUUUUACGGAGAGGGACAAUUCAAUUCCUUGAAAAUUGUAGCCUACGGCACAGUCAACACAACCAUGAGCGAUUUAGUGUAUACUUGGAAGUUAGACGGUGUUCCAGAAAAGAACGGAUCUGAGCAAUACGUCCGAAUCACGGAUUUCUACAUGAGACCCGACCUGGGGAACCUUGUGACUAAUUUCAAAAACAACAACCCAGAGUCGAGGGAAAUAACUGACCUGGGUACCAGAUUUGCGAACGAAAACUGGAGAUUCCUCUACAAAGAACUUUUGCCGUAUGCACAAUCCAAUUGGAACAAAAUAGGGGUCAAAAUAGCGAAUAAAUUGUUCUUAAAAGUUCCUUUUGAUCAACUAUUUCCUGCUUCCUCAUAAACAUAAAAGCUUGUAAUGUAUUAAAUGUACAAUGAAAUUAAUGUAAGUAGGUAGGUUCUCUGUGAUACAUAAUAUAACAUUUUCCUAUGAGCAAAUUGAAGUAAUUAGAUUUGGGCUUAUUUAAUUUUAAUGCGAGAUAUUUUGAGAAAUGUUAAGUGUGUCAAUAAACGCAAGGAUUACUUAUUUGAAACUUUUAUUUUUACUAUUAAGUAAGUAUAAGAUCCUGUUUAAUGUAAUGUACCUACUACUGGCCUCUACUGGCAUAAUAAGUGAGGUAGCUAUUUAAUAAACUUAAUCGUUU